AUGCCAGAAGCGCGUCGUCAGACAAAACUGGACUCUGUCGCGGCGGCGCAAGAUCUGGAAUCCUUUGGAAAACUGUGCAAGAGUAACAUUAAAAACACUAUUUCCGCGCACAAAAGGUCCCCGACAGCGCGCCGAAAGGUCAGAACUCCCGCCCCAAAGCUAAAAGGAACCCGCGCGCUGAAAUAUGGCGAGCAACAAUCUCUCGCGUUCACGGGUUUCCUAUACUCGUGGGGGAUUCACCGGGAUAGGAAGCCAGUGCAUUACAGUAGCGCCGCCUGUCGAUGGCCCGGGGAAACCGCGCCGGGCGUCAAGCGACACGUACCCGGGGCACCUCGUAAAAUGCACUAUAAAAACGCCUUUUCAAUUUGUCACUUCACCUCCCGCCUCAGAACAGGGCUGGCGGAACCAGAACCAAGAUACGAGACGGCGUACGCGUGCGAGGGGAAGACGCUGAAGAUCGGCUGCGCGGAGGGCUCGGUCAUCCACCUCAUCAGGGCGAACUACGGCCGGUUCUCCAUAACCAUCUGCAACGACCACGGCAAUACCGACUGGAGCGUGAACUGCAUGUCGACUAGGAGCCUGCGAGUCUUGCAUAGCAGGUGCAGCAUGCACCAAAACUGCAGCAUACUGGCCAGCACGAACAUGUUCGGCGACCCAUGCCCCAACACCUUGAAGUAUCUAGAGGCGCACUACCAAUGCGUACCUGCAUCGACAACAAGCACGACCAGUCGCCCGUCACCGCCGUGGCUGAUCACGUCUCAGCCGACGGUGUGGCGGUCCACCUUGCCCCCGAUACCAAAAAGCCCAGUGCAAACGCAACAGACCGAGAGGAAGAAACCAACCGUCAUCACACCUCCAACAUUCCGACCGCACAUAACUCUACCGCCAGAAGUGAAGCUAGGUGAUAUUGGAACAAAGAAAACCACUACACGUCAACCAGAUUCGUCAUCAGAGAAGGAUCCACCGCAGGUCCCACGAGAAAAUGUACCAGAGGUGAGAGAAGAGACCGCAAAAGCUGCCGAACCAGAAAAUGUACCGAAGAACGAUAAGGCGAUUAAAGACCGAGAUGAAGGAAUUGCACCUGUUACGGAAGAAACAAUGCAAUGGCCGGCAAAAGACGAAGAUUCUGACUCCACCUCACCAGUCCAUAUGCCGCCAAAGGAGAAUCGCUUCCCGGAAAUUGACGGAGACAACACUUAUGAUACUAAAAUCUAUUCGACAAGCUCAACACCGAGCCUGGGAAGGAGGGCGGCCUUCUGCCCGCAGGUGAAUGCGCGUGGCCUCCAUUGGAACUGGACCCAGGCCGGCCAAUACGCGGUGCAGCCUUGUCCCGGUGGGGCGACGGGGUUAGCGAGAUGGACGUGCACAUUGACAUCCCAGCAGCAUCUAGAAGAGGAUGACAGACCUAAGAGGCGCGGGGUUGGUUUGCAAUCGGGGGAGAACUACCACGACUUGGGACUGGACCAGCCUAGCGAAAGGCAGCUGCAGAUCAUUCGGAGGCUGGGCUCGGAGGCGUUGCUUAAAGGUCGCGAUGGUGACCCCCCGGAGCACAUGAUCGAUUACCGGGGAAGCUCACUUAUGCCGGAUCAACAAGCGAAUCACUUAGCUGUUGCGAAUGGCGACUCUACCUACUCGGACUCGAUCCCCGAAUGGCAGGGAGCGACACCCGACCUGAGCGAGUGCAGAUCCGUAUGGUUAAACAGUUUAGAAGCUCGCGUGAGGGAGGGAGAGUCUCUACUCAGCAUCAGUAACGAUUUAGCACAGGUAACCUCUUCGAAGACCCUUUACGGUGGUGACAUGAUGACCACCACGAGCAUAAUGAAGAAACUGGCACAGCGCAUGUCGCAGAACAUGCAGACAUUUCCAGACCCCCGCCAGAGGGAGACUUUCGUGGCGGACAUGCUUCUGGGAGUUAUAAAGACCGGUUCGAAUCUUCUAGAAGAGAGCCAACGCGCUUCUUGGUCGGAUUUGAGCACGGAUGCCCAGAACCGCGUUGCAAGCGCUCUGCUAACACAACUCGAAGAGAACGCCUUCCUUCUAGCAGAGGCUGUGACGAAAGAGAAGACGGUACUGCAGAUCGUUAAGAAUAUUUGUCUCUCCGUGAGGGUGCUAGAAGUGAAAAGCGUUGAAGACGAAACAUUUCCAUCGGUAAUCGCCCAGGAGCAGUGGAAGGCAUCUGAAGACACUAUCACCAUUCCAAAAGCUGCUUUAUUAGACAACCGCCAGAACGACCUGGUGCGAAUAGUCUUCUUCGCCUUCGACCGCCUCGAGCAAAUCCUCCCGCCCACGUUCGGCAAGAGCCCGCAGUUCGCCGCGUACGCGUCGGACCCCGCCCCCUCCACCACCAGCAUCAACUCCGAGCGGGAGAAGAACAACGUCUCCAGGGUCCUCAACUCGAAGGUGAUAUCGGCCAGCUUGGGGAACGGUCGUCACAUUCAGCUGUCACAGAUGGUGCGCCUGACGAUGAAACAUUUGAAGGUCGAGAACGUUACCAACCCGGUUUGCGUCUUCUGGGAUUACACACUACACGGCUGGUCUCCAGAAGGCUGCCAGGUGGAGUGGUCGAACGCCACCCACACCGGCUGUGCGUGCUCCCACCUGACCAACUUCGCGGUGCUGAUGGACGUCAGGGGUGUGCCGCUGGCGAGCGGCCACGCGGCAGCCCUGCGGCUCAUCACUCUGGUCGGCUGCGCCGUGUCGGCGGUCGCGCUCGCCGCCGCGGUGGCCGUGUUCCAAUGCUGCCGCAACAUGAAGUCGGACCGAGUUUUGAUCCACAAACAUCUGUGCUGGUGUCUGCUAAUAGCGGAGAUAAUAUUCAUGGUGGGAAUAGACCAGACCCAGGAUAGGAUCUUGUGCGGAAUUAUCGCUGGUCUGUUGCACUACUUCUUCCUAGCCGCCUUCGCAUGGAUGUUCUUGGAAGGGUUCCAUUUGUACGCGAUGCUGGUGGAGGUGUUCGAGCCCGAGCGGCCGCGCGCCCAAUGGUACUGCGCCGGGGCCUACCUGGCCCCAGCGCUGAUAGUCCUCGCCUCGGCCGCGUCCUACCCCGUCGGCUACGGCACCCAGAACAGCUGCUGGCUGUCCACCGACCACCUGUUCAUCAUGAGCUUCGUCGGCCCGGUCGCCCUGGUGGUGACGGCAAACUGGAUCUGCUUGGGAUUGGUGAUCUACAUGAUGUGCCAUCACACCAGCGUUUCCAUCAAAGCGAAAGAGAACUCGAAACUAUAUAAAAUAAAGGUCUGGCUGAACACGUCCAUAGUCUUGGCGGUGCUCCUCGGCCUCACCUGGACCUUCGGGCUGUUGUAUCUCAACGAACAGACAGUCGGAAUGGCGUACGCGUUCACCAUAUUGAACUCGUUCCAGGGGCUCUUUAUCUUCGUGUUCCAUUGCCUGUUGAAUGAGAUCUUCCAGAAGGAAUGCGCCCGGCUGAGCCGUCGCCACCCGUGGCUGUCGUGCUGCCUGUACUUCACCACGCAGUCCUCGCAGCCGCUGCCCCACAACAUGCCCGCCACCGCCUCCUCCUCCAACCACGUGGACACCCGCCAGGGGUCCGUGAAGAGUCGCAGAUACCACCAGAGCACCGCCGCCGACGAGGACGUCGUCGACCCGCGUGACGUCACGAGUUCGACGACCGCCUCGGUGGCGGCGUCGACCACGAACAACCUCGUCAUCAACACCCUGAACGUUGUCGUUAACAACAACAAUCACAACAACAACAACGUGAUCAACAACGCGGCGGUGGCGUCCCUCGCCGCGGCGGCGGCCGCCCACAGCUACCACCCACACAGGAACAGGCGCUCGCCCGAGAGCUUCUCCCCCCCGUCGAGUUACGGUCCAACCCUGAACGCGACGGGGGCGAGCUUCCCCCACAACAUCCCCGAACGGGAGCCGCCCGCCGCCAUGACGCAUUUGCGCAGCCCCCUCAACCCCGGCAGCGGCAGAUACCCGCCGGGGUAUCGGCAAAACGCCCAGCAAGUUCGGGCGCCGACGCCCCAAAACAUACCCCAUAGCUCGUCGCACACGCAAAGCAUAGCGUCAAUGCAUAGCUACAGGAAUAAUAUCGAUGUGCCGACCGAAUAUCAGAACCUAAGGUCGCGGUCGCCAUCUUGUUUCUCCAAUAAGAUGGCGGCGUCGAUUGGCGCGAACGACUGGGCGCUAAUGGCGAACACGAUUGGUGGCAAUGUUUGGAAGAACACUUCUUCUAAGCACCACGCGGGGAACGCGUCCACCCUCCCCCACCACGACACGUUGGCCAGACAGCUGCAGAACCACAUCCACAGCCCGUACGAGUGCGAGGCCCCCCUCGCGCCGGGCUCGCCCCGCCACGCGAAGGACGAAGACAGCCCCCUCCACCACCAGGGCUACCAGACCACGAGGAGCUACAACCAGGACUUCAGGAACCCGCACGUGUACAUGCAGCACUCGCCCGGCAGCCAGGAGAUGAUAUACCGGAAGCACUACAAGGACGAACGGCGGAAGCACCACCACCACGGCCAGAACGCGAACCACACAUACUCGGAGAUCGCGUCGCAGCAGGGCAGGAUGUACCGGCGCGGCUCCGACCAGGAGUUCAGGGUGAUACAGGACGACCCGGUGUACGAGGAGAUCGAGCGCAACGAGACGCUCAUGUCCGACGUGUCGGACGACAACUCCGGCCCCGAAUGCCGCCAGUUCCAAGGGCAGCACGGCUCGACGGGCUCCAAGUUCUUCGGCGACCACCGGCCCCUGAUAUCGUACAGCCCGGCCGAGCGGCACCACGAGGAGCUGACCAAGUACGGGAAAUGGGACACCCUGGACAGGGCCUACCCGGAGCGGCACGCGUACGAGGGCAGGCUGGCGCACCCCUACCACCAGCCGCAGGAGAACAUGCGCGCGCUAGCGGCGGUCCUGAACGGCGAGAACAACGUCGUCUGCCACCUUGAGCCGCACAACUCCUACGACGUGUACCAGCCGCAGAGUGGCAACCCUAGGACUGUCUCGCAGCCCAGUUUC